AUGUUCUCGCACCUUCCGGACGAACUAAUCCUUGCCGUCGCUGCCUACGUCUGCACGGACGACGUUGUCUUGACAGACGCUUGCGCAUACAUCGACUACUCCGACGAUGGCGAGGAUGACUGCAUUCCGGGCUACGGGCGUAAGUGCUUACGAGCCCUCUCACUCACCGACCGCCGCACUCGCGCCGUCAGUCUCGAGUUACUACUCGCAGACCCCAUUGUCGAGCUUGUCGACAUCCCGAGCCUCAUCCUCACCUACCUUCGCUAUCCGGACUUGGCCUUCAAGACCAGGAGCCUCGGACUGAAACGGGAUAUGAAGACGUUGCACGGGAUUUCGCAGGCUCGACCGGUCGUCGGCAUCGAUGAGGCAUUUGUCCAGGUUUGUAAGACUGCAAUAUGGAACUCGCCGACAACGGAUCUGCUGGAUAAGGGUACGUGGAUAUAUGAGCUCAGAGCCGGGCAGAAGAAUGCUUUGCUGGCGGUGCUCUUCGCCCUCCUUCCAAAUCUGGAAGAGCUCAAUGUCUGGAACAAUUCCCUCCAUGAUUUCGCCAUCUUCAGCCUCCUGUUCGGUCCCCCGUCAUGGAGUCCGGCCUCCACCUGGUACGAGCCGCCGCACUGGCGUUGCGAGUAUCUGCAGAAAGUGUUUGCGCCGCAUUUCACAAGUAUACGGUCACUAGAACUGCCGGGCCUAUGGUACACUUAUGACGAUCAAUGGGAAGAGCUACCGCCGGAUCAGAUACCGGUUCGCACCUUGCAUGUCUUUUCUUCUCUUCAACACCUUGUCGCACCAGAGGGCGCGCUCGUGGAUGCGAUCAUGGACACUGAGCGGGAUCCAAGCGCGGUUCUUCCUCACACCCUUGAAUCCAUCACUCUCACAGACGUUGAAGUUGACAGCUCUCUCAUUCAUCCGCCUCAGUCAUGGAAUCUUCUGCGCCGGAUACUGGAACAGAAGAGUCAGCAGCCGAGUCGGUUUCCCACUCUCCAACACAUGGCCCUUCACUACCGGAAGAGAAUAGCACAGUUGUACUCGCCUUACAAUCUAACCCUCCAGGGACUUCAGGAUUUCAGCAACGGGCAGGAGGAAUUGUGGCAAUUAGGCCUAUCUGGAUUUGGGCUGGUAGCAGGCGGGUAUGCUUCCGAGAAGGACGUCAAGGUGGAAUUGGGGGUUGUGCGGGCUGGAGGACUUCUGGACUUUCUAACGACGGCAUGUGGGGUACGCAUGCAACUAACUCAGAUUUCGGACUCGGUCGCUUAUGGGUAUCACAACUGUUUCGCACCAGGUGAAUUUUGCGAUAACUGGGAGGAGGACUGGGAUAAUGCGGUGGGAUUCACGGGAUCGUUCUGA